CUCCCGCGGCGGAGACAAGCCCGCCACCGGGUAACCAUAGAGUUGGCCUCCUGCGGGCAAGAAGGGCCCGACGAUACCAUAGAGAGUGACAGAGUGUCCUGGGCACGGCCGGCUCCGUCCGUGGCAGGGCUUGUGCUGCCUAGCACCAUGGCCUCCCGUGCGGGCCCCCGGGCUGAGGGCACUGAUGGCAGUGACUACCAGCAUCGCGAGAGGGUGGCCUCCCAUUACCAAAUGAGUGUGGCCCUGAAGUCCGAGAUAAAGAAGCUGAUCUACAUGCAGGUGGCCAUCUGGCUGCUGCUCCUGGCCCAGAUGUGUGUGGGUCACCUGAAGCUGCUGCCCCAUGACCAGGUGGCCAUGCCCUACCAGUGGGAGUACCCCUACCUGCUCAGCAUCAUCCCUUCUCUCUUCGGCCUCAUGUCCUUCCCUCGCAACAACAUCAGCUACCUGGUGCUGUCCAUGAUCAGCACAGGCCUGUUCUCGGUGGCACCCCUCAUCUACGGCAGCAUGGAGAUGUUCCCCAUGGCGCAGCAGCUCUACCGCCAUGGCAAGGCCUACCGCUUCAUCUUCGGCUUUUCUGCCGUCUCCGUCAUGUACCUGCUGGUGGUGGUGGCGGUGCAGGUGCACGGCUGGCAGCUCUACUACAGCAAGAAGCUCCUGGACUCCUGGUUCACCAGCACACAGGAGAAGAAGAAGAAAUGAAGAGGGACUGGGAGCCACACACCUGUGUGACUCGGGGGGGGGGGGGAGGGGCUGGAUGGCACCACGGUGGGGUCCCCAUUUUUGGGCAGCUCUGCUGGUAAACACUGAAAGCUCCCUGUAGGCUGAGCUGCCCUGCCAGGCACCCAGCCGGAGUGUGCUCAGGGUUCCUCCAACCUUAGCCCUGGCUGGCAGUGACUGAAUGUUCUUCAGUGGCUGGUGGGCCAGGGCUGGGUAGGAGGGCAGCUCCUGAUGCCACCAGAGUACCCUCACCAGAAGUCCCCUGGCAGCACGUGGCUCUGGUUGGCUGGGAUGAGAGAGGCGUGCAUGAUGGGAGUGGCCUGGGGGCAGCCACCAGCCCUUACUGAUCUCCCCAUUUCAUGGAGCAGAAACGUGCCCUGACCGCAGUGCCUCUGCGCUGAAGUCUGACAACAUGGCACAGCCCCAGGGCUGCAGACGGUGGUUGGCGUGGUGCUGCCCACUCCCACAGUGGCUUAUGCUGUGCUGGGCCAAUGUCUGUGUCUGAGGCCCAGUCUGCACCAGUGCCCUGCCCAGAUUGCCCUGGAGGCAUGCAGGGCCUUCCCUUCCCCCGCAGCUGGGUGAAUUCCAUGCCUCCUCCUGGGAAUGAGCAGCUCUGGGUCACCAGAGAGCCCAUGGUCUCAGGCCAGGUGCCUCCCAGCCCCCAGUGCCGCUGGCUGCGAGAGGGGCGGCGCUGGGGCCGAGGGGGGUCGGGCCGGUGCCACUUGCUGCGAGAGGGGCUGGGCUGGGGCCGAGGGGGGUCGGGCUGGUGCCACUUGCUGCGAGAGGGGCUGGGUUGGUGCCCCCAGGGCCGCUUGCUGCGAGAGGGGCUGGGCUGGGGCCGAGGGGGGUCGGGCCAGUGCCGCUUGCUACGAGAGGGGCUGGGCCGUUGCCCCCAGGGCCGCUUGCUGCGAGAGGGGCAGCGCUGGGGCGGAGGGGGGUCGGGCCGGUGCCGCUUGCUGCGAGAGGGGCUGGGCUGGGGCCGAGGGGGGUCGGGCCAGUGCCGCUUGCUGCGAGAGGGGCUGGGCCGUUGCCCCCAGGGCCACUUGCUGCGAGAGGGGCAGCGCUGGGGCGGAGGGGGGUCGGGCCGGCGCCCCCGGUGCCGCUUGCUGCGAGAGGGGCUGGGCCGUUGCCCCCAGGGCCGCUUGCUGCGAGAGGGGCAGCACUUGGGCGGAGGGGGGUCGGACCGGCGCCCCCGGUGUCGCUUGCUGCGAGAGGGGCUGGGCUGUUGCCCCCGGUGUCGCUUGCUGCGAGAGGGGCUGGGCUGCUGCCCUCGCCCCCAGCACUGGCACAAGCUGCUUCUCCCACAUAAGUGACCAGAAAGGAUGAAAUAAAGAGCCACCUUGCUGAG